ACGUAUACAAAUACACUAACAACAUACCAUACUAACUAGGCCUAGUAGGACUACUACUACCAUUCAUGAAAACAACGGGUGUGUUUAACCUGGUGUAACUUUAAUUUCAUUUGAAAGAUCAGUUUAAAUAGGUAAAGGAUAAUAGAUCAUGAUAUUGUUAUCUUUAAAAUUGCAUGUCAUCUGACUUGUUAAUAAUUAUAAUAAAUAUUUCUUGUGAAAAGUUUGGGUCUAGGAGGCUAGGCCCCCAGGCUAGGCUAGCUAUGCUGCUAGCCUAACUACCUACUGUGUACGUGAAGGCUAGAGAGAUGACGCGGACGAAGUGUUCGAUUCAGCGUACGGAUAUGACAGUUGACAAGUCAGCUUUGUUGUUCACUUGUAGUGUUGAUUAUGACAGCUGGGGGCAUAGACUAAUAUGUGGACUUCGAACAUGUAGUAAAUCAUUGUUCUUAGUACCUAUUAUUAUUCACUUUACUUCCAAGAGACUCAUUCGUUAUUUUGUAGUAUUGUAUUUUUUGGCCAACUUAAAUAAGGUCAAUUCAAGUCUAGUACCACCAAAAUUGUCUGAGAACUCUGUCAGUUCAGGGACAGCAAUAGGCCAAGGCUUAGGCCUAUACCAACAAUUUCGACAGAGUGAUGAAAAAAUAUUAUUUAGAAGGUUGAGUAGACAUAAGAGAACAACAAAUAAUGGACGAUGUGAUCGCAGCACUGUACAGCAGUAUUUAUCAUCGUGCCAGCCUUGUGAUACUAAUCUGGUUGAGCCAUGCGAGAAUGGUUUUACACUAGCAGUUCAGAAUGGAUCCUUAACUUGUACAUUUGAGGCUGAUGGUUACGGUAAGCUUGAGGGAUGCCAAUUCUGGUGUGAAAAACCUGUCAACCUUAUCAGCUGUUGUCCUGGAUUUUAUAAAACAGGAACACUCUGUUCAGAAUGUCCUGGUGGUUAUAGUUCACCAUGUAAUAACCGAGGUACAUGUCAUCCUGAUGCUGGUAUUUGUGAUUGCCAUGGAAACUUCAAUGGGUUUGCAUGUGAAGAGUGUUCCAAUGGGUACUAUGGAGAUAGUUGUGCUAGAAGAAAUUGUAGGCCAGAUGCCAACACUAUUUGAGCACCUGUGAAUCAUGUACUGUACCUGCUAACCACUGCCUGUCGGUGGUCUCAAAUGGCAGGUGAACGGCGCGAUAGUGUUGGUUCCUCUGCGUUAGUCUGUUUCGGUUCUUUGUUUUAGCAUGGUUUGCUUAGUUAACCUACUAAAAUAGAUUUUGAUUUUUUAAUUUUCU